UUUUCCGUUUCCUUCCCAUAAUUUUUUUCAGUUUUCCGUAUUUCCCGUUUUGCGCUUUUCUUUAUUUAAAAUCUAUAAACAUGCUAGUAAUAUACAGCUGGACACAAUAACAGUGUAAUUGAAUGAAUGAAAAAGUGGCAAUGAGUGAGCCGAAUAAACCUCGAGAUGAUACUGCCACAGAUUCUCAAGAUGAUUCAGAUUUGGAUGGUCGAAUACCUAAUUCGAAAUUAGAGCGGAAUUCUGGACCUUUCUUGAAAAAAAUUAGAAUAAAAGGCUAUGAUACUACUGAUGCCUUACCGAAGACUCUAAAAUUUACACUGCUUGACAUUUUGGGUAUAAUAAUUUCAAUAUGCAGUUUCUUUAUUGAUGUAGCCUUAGACUUACUGGUUGCAAUCGUUCAUUACAACAAUGGCAAUACUUGGUUUUUUACUCUAACGGUAUGCUUUAUUGCUGUGCCUUCUCUCACGAUGACUGGUUUCAGUCUUAGGUGGUAUUUAGUGGAUGCUGAUGAGAAAAAGUUGCCACCAGUUUCGAUGCGAAGAUGGACACUAAGAAUCAUUUUCUUAGUGCUACAGAUGGGACCAAUAUUAAGAUAUGUAGAUUCCUUAUAUUAUGGUUUGAAAAGUAAUCGAAGUAAAGGUAAAGUUCAAGAACAAGUGGAUUUUUACAAGCUGAUGAUCUAUGAGGAUGCAGAUGCUACAUUACUACGUUUGUUUGAAUGUUUCAUGGAAGCUGCUCCUCAACUUGUACUUCAAAUUUACAUAUUUGCACUGUCACAUUCAGCAUCCCCUGAUGUUUAUAGCUGGACAGAAUUAAUACAACUUGUUUCCAUGUGCUCGUCUUUGCUGUCUAUGGCUUGGGCCUUAGCAUCAUACCAACGUGCCUUACGUUACUCUUUGGAAGAUAAAAAGAAUAUGACAAUAUGUGGUACAGUUGUGCAAAUUAUUUGGAGGUUCUUUGAUAUUGGUGCUCGUGUUCUUGCCCUGGGCCUAUUUGCCUCUGUCUUCCCUACUUAUCUCUUCAUGGUGUGUGGUGUACAUUAUAUGAUUAUGUUUACCUGGAUACGUUAUAUGGGAACAGAAUUUUGUGAUAAUCAGUGUGAAGAAUUUUUAUACAAUCUUGUUCUUGGAGUUUUAUUCAUAUUUUGCUACUUUAACCCUAAGGACAGUCCUACACGCCGUCGAUUUACAUUUUACUAUGUAUUAUCUUUCUUGGAAAACUCUGCAUUGAUGAGUGUAUGGUUUAUUUAUUGCCCUGCCCAUGUUACUUAUAAAUAUCCGGCCAUGUUUAUGCAAUUUUUGAGCUUCGUUUUGGGUUUGGUGAUAAUGAUAAUAUAUUACCUUUUAUUACACCCAACUAAGAAUAUCACUGUCUGGGACCACUGGGUUAAAUCAAGGCCAUCCAGUUUUCGCAUAUAUAAUGGUGCUACUUCUGCUGCUACUAAAGAAGUUUCACAGCAAGCUAAUACUCAAGAGCACAAGUUGUAAGAGUUACCUUUUAAUAACAUAAAUGUGCUUUUCACUUAAUUUUUUGCUAUUUAGAAUUUACAUUUUGCUAUUCAUUUAUUUUGCUGUUUGUAUAGUGUUCUAUAUAUAUAUAUGCGCGUGUGUGGGUAUGUGUAUGAGUGUGUAUUAUUAUCUAUAUAAUAUAGUGAAAAUAUGCCUCUUUGAGAGUUAUAAAUAGGUUUAAUCAAGAAGUAUGUUAAUAUCCUGGAUUGAAUUUAUAAAUAUCCUGUGACUUAAAUGUAGUCACUCAGUCAAAAAAAAAAAAAAAAAAAAAAAAACUUGUUUUAAACUCUUGUAAUAUGUGUAUAUGUAUUGUAUAGUUUAAUAGUAUACUUUUGCUGUAGAUCUUUAACAGUACUGUUGAAUAUUUUUAUGAGAUGCACAAGAGCCAUUUAUUACAAGAUUGCUAUGAAUAUUUUGUCACAUUUUAUAGUUGUUGUUUCUCUUGAUCGUAAAAACUUAUUGUGCAUUUAUCUCUUAGUAAAUAAUGAAAUAAGUGUUCGCACUCUGUUUGUAAAAUUUAAUGCAUUUUAAAGUUUUCUAUUCAUAUCCAACACAUUUUAUAUGUGAAAAAAUAACACAGAGUUUUCUAAGUAAAUUUUAGUCUCUUUAUUAGAAGUAUUUUGGAAAACUCAAAACACUGUUAUAUAUGAAUAAUGUAAGUUACUUAAUUUAUGUUUCUAAUUUAUAAUCAUUGUUUUUCUCUUUGCUCUAAAAAAUUUGUAUGAAUUAAUCAGGAAUUUGUUUUAUAUGUAAUUACUGUUUUGUAUAUAACAAUGGUUCUCAACCGCCUCUUAUUUUUUAAUUCUUUUCCUUUUGUCGCACAAUAAAUCAGAAUGUCAAAUGUCAUUCUCCCUUCUGAAGUUUGAAGCUAUACAUUCCAAAUAAUAUAUAAAAUAUUAUUUGGAAUAAUAAUAUAUCAACUAAUAUUCGCUGAGAAAUGAGAUUAUUUUAUUUUAGUAUAUUGUAAAGAUGUGUAUAAAUUUAAGGUUUUAUUAUAAUGAUAAAUGUAAUAAUAAAUAAAAAUAAUGUUUCUGAUCGUUUUCCUGCUGUUAAUGAGGCCUAUAUUUAAGUUUUCAUAAUUUUUUGAUAUUGUCAGUUUCAGUUGCAAAUUAAAAUAUGAUCAUCUGUUUUUGAUUUGAAUUCAUGAAUCUAAAGUUGAACAGAUUCCUUCAAACUGUGAAAUCCCUCCUUUAUAUGCAGCUACCUGGUUGAGAACCCCUGAUAUACCAAAUACUGAUCUCAAACUGAAGUUCUUAAUAAACGUAUAUACUGUAGUAAUGCGAAUUUUUGAUGUAUUUUUAUAGAUUGUACACUUCAAAAUUUAAAAAGUCUAUACAAAAUGUGCAAGUCAAAGAAAUUUAUAUAUAUAUUAUAAAUAUUAUAUAAGCGUAUAUGAAAACUUACUGAUUAUUGUGAUAAAAGGAAAGAUUUAUUUUUGUAAUAAGUAAUAUGAGGAUUUCGGUGAGUCUGUUUAAACUGUUCUGCAAUUUUAAAAUGUUCCUUUCCCUUUUUUAACUAUUUUACUUUGGUUUAUACAGGGUGAUUCAUGAAGAAGUAUACAGUUUUAUUGAAACAUAUUAUAUGUUACCUGUAACAUUACUGUAUGGUAUUUUGUUAGAGACAGUCACAGAUGUUUGAUCUGUGAACCCUUAGUCACACGAUGCGGUGCAAACUCAAUCGGCGACUUCUUGGGAUACAGUCAUACAGUUGGUGGUCCAGGACUUUUGCACAAACAGUCAGUCGGUAGUUUUAAAAUUUUCAUGCCAUUCAUAGAUAGAUUUUCUAGUUGAAGGUUCUUUUCCGAAUUGUGAUCGAAAAUGCAGUUGUGGAUUCCGUUUUGCUAAAUUCAAGACCACAAAAAGCCUUCUCCACUGCAGAUGUAACCAUUUCGAAUGACUAGUCACACAUGCACAUUAUUGCCUAUGUAACUUCCAUCAGGGGCUAGACACAAACUUUAACGAUAUGUCUACCUUGUGGUUUGCUGAAGUGGUGCAUGUCUUUGACGGUCACUCUUUUUUCAGCAUCUGGAAAGUAGAUACAUCUUUAUGAAUUACCCUGUAUUAUUAGUUCUUUGCUUAACAUUGUUAAUUAAGCCCUGUAAAAUGUAAUAUUAAGUGAAGGAGUGUUAAACUAAAUAUGAAUCGAUGUAAAAUGUUGUAAAUAAGCUAUUUAUCAGACUUUUCUAUAACACUCCUUCACUUAAAAUAGUUUUAAAGUUUUUAAUCUGAGUAAACUUUAAUAUAUGGUAAAAGCUUGACUAUCUGGAAGGCCUAGAAAAUUCCUAAUGCUCAAAAAUUCCGGAUAAUUUAGCUCAUUAAAAAGUGCAGUUCACUGUAGAGAAGCUGAUUAAAGAUUUAUUUUAUUUGUUAGCUACUUGAAUAUUAAAUGUCUACAUUUAAAUUAUGUGAAAUUAUCAGAAAAAGGGAGCAUUUCAGACGUAAAUGCCAAAGUAAAAUAUAUUCAAUUGUGAAAUUCCAUCGACCAUAAAAAUUUAUGGCAAUUUCGCUAAUCGUUCCAGCAGAAGUUCGAAAGAACAGAGCAUUCUUUUUUUAGUUUAUCAACAUAUACAGGGUAUAUAACAUAAAAAAAUGCUUGUCAUAAAAUUUUUGUACUGCAUAGCCAGUGUUUAUCCAUUUUUACAUAAAUCACGCUUUUCUUGAUGCCAGGAUCCCAUAAAUUUGAAAGUACUUUUACUGUAAUUCUUUUUUAUGCCAUCCCUCCGCCCAGAAAAGAGAAAAAUAUCACUCAUUUAAAUCUUCAAAAAGACAAAAUAUUACCUAAAACUAUUUCAAAUUAAUUUUUGGGGGGAAGGUCACUUAAAUAAAUACAUUGAGUUCAUGUGCUUAUUGAUGAUCCAUGUUAAUGAGAUCACUAAACUCUUCAUGAUGUGAAUCAUAAAAUAAUACACUUCAUAUUCAGCAAUAAACAUAAAGAAUUUGUACAAUGUUCAACAAUACUCUUCGUGUAGUGUUGAAAUCUUCAUGAUGUGAAUUAAGUAAAAUUUUGUUUUCCCAGUAACUAAUGCUGCAUUCAUAAUGAGGUGAUUCCCCCCCCCAAUUGUCAUAUUCGUUGUUGUCAUUCACUCCUGCGAAUUAUGCUAUUUGAAAUUCAGUCCAACAGAGAUAGACUGUAAUUGAUAAAUUGUGUUAGCUGAAAAAAAUGUUGAAUUGGGGAUGAUUGCACAGUGCCUAAAAUCAAUGAAAAAACAACAGAGUUCUGUUGAGAAUUUUAAUUUUUAGUCUCAGAUAUGCCCAUUUUUAAUUAAUAAUAAAUUAAUUAAUUUUAAAUUUUUAGUUUUGUGUAUCAGUGUAAAAUAGAAGAAACACUAACAUCACUGUCUUUCUUAGAACAGACUAAGAAAUCAGAAGUGUUUAAAUGGUUUUGUAAAUUUGUUCUUUCAUCACGAAAAUGCAUGUAUGUGAUUAAAGACACUAUACUUCUGUGUAUAUACGUUUGAAAAUCAAGCAAAACAACUGGGCCAAGUUUAUUUAACAGAAGUGCAGUAAUGAAAGAGCAGUUUAAACAGGUGGAAUUUAUAUCAUUAUUUUAAUCUAUUUAAAAAUAAAACAUGCAAAAAUAUUAGCAUUUUUGCAGCUCCACUAAAAGAAAAGAGAUAGAAUUACUAUUGCUAGGCAAGUUGCACAUUUUGUAUGGGUGAAAUAUUAUGCUGGGUUGGUUAUGAGUGAAUUGGAUUAUUUUUUACUGUCAAGUUGCCAUUUUUACUGUGUCAUACAAGCAUGUGUGCCUUUGUAACAUGAUGAGUGAUGCUAAUGUUAAUGUUUUCUGUGCAUUCUAAAUUUUGUACCUGUAUACUGAAUCAUUACUGCAUAUAUUAAUUAUAUUUUCAUUCAUUGUUUGCUCAUUCAUCAAGAUAUUCUUCAUUUUCCCAAAAGAUCCGAUCAUUUUUAAUUUGCAGUUAUAUACAAGAGAAUUUGUUUUAUACUUUUAAGUUGCAUUGACAAUUUGUUAAGUUCACUAAGAAUGACACUGUUGAGUAAGUUCAAAUGUAUAAUUAUUAAUGAUAAGUUCAAAUCAGUAAUAGAUUAUUGAUUUGUGAUCUGUAAAAUAAUUUAAAUAUAUGUAAUUGUUUUUCAUUUUCUGAAACUUUUAAUUAUGAGUUUUUGAGUACUGAUAUCUACUUAACUAUCUUAAAAUAAUGAAAGAUUCAUUAAAAAGUUGGUAUAGUAUAAUUUCAUGCAAAAAUAUUUUUUAAUAUACCAAGAGUUGCAGCAAUAAAAUAAAUUAGAAUUUUUGAAGAUCAUUUUCAUAUGCGAUCAAUCAAAUAUUUUAAUUUUCAAUUGAAAAAAAUUGUCACUAUUUAUCCUCUUAACUUGAUCACUUAUCUUGUCUUGAUUUAUUUAUCUACCCUGUUCUUUAAAAUUGUUUCUUUUUGUGAUCUAGAACAGUGGUUCUCAACCUUUUUUGCCCCACCCCUUUCACCACUGCUAGAUGAUUAUUCCCCCUGGUUCGUCUUUUUUAAUGUGUGUUAUAAAUUGAACAAGAAAAUUGUAAAAAGUGUUGAUAAAUACCAAAAACUGAAUAAAAGUAGUUUUUCAUAUUCAUAAAAUAAAAUGAAAUACUUAACAGGUAAACAAAAGGCUGACUGCAUUCCACUCCCUCCCAGUUGAGAACUCCUAAUCUAGAAUUAUGAACUUGAUUGUAAAAACUAACAUCAAAAUUAAUUAUUGUACUAGAUAUUAAAUCCAAUUUAAAAUUCAACACUUUGAGUGUGAAUUUAAAAAGUGAUGGUGCUUCAAGUGUUAAAAAUAUUACUGUCAGCAAUGUAUAGUUUUUUCAUAAUUUUCAUUAUGCUGAAAGAUAGUAAUGAACGUAAAAGAACUUAUUUCCCCAAAUUUUUUCACUAGCGAUCAUUUUGCAGAUUCAUGUUUUUGAUGCCAUUGAUAUGUGUCAGAGCAGUGUUUAUCCAAAUUUUUAAUUGUUAUCUACAUCUCAUCUGCAUAUAGUUGCAUUUUAUUAUGACUCACAUGUAUAUAGUUUUAUGAAGUAACAGAUAAGGGAAAGUAAAAAUUUAGGGAAAUAACAGUAAAUAUGUAAUUAUUAACAAUUAAUUAAAAGCUGUAACUUGAUUAAUUAUAAAUAAAUGUGCAUAGUUGUAUGUCCUAAUCAACAGCUUUCAAAACGUUUCACAAUCCACCAGAAAUUAGCUCCCAAGCUUACUAGUUGGGCUGUGGUCCAUGCUUUGGAAAUCACUGUGUCAGGUAUUUUUUAUAUUGUUUGUAAAGAUGAUUUACUCCACCUGUAUCAGUUACAUUAAACUUUAAGCUUUCUUUAUGAAAUACCAAAAUUUAUUUUCAUAUGAUGUCAGUUUGAAAUACUACUUCCUAAUUAUUUUUGUUUAAAAUACAACAAGCUUGAUAUUUCAUAAAAAUCCAUGAUUAACAUGUAUGCUUAACUUAAAUGCUUAUUUAAAAAGUGUUGGUGCUUAACCUUGUGCAGAAAAAAAACAAAAAGACUCUAGAUGUUUAAGAUUGCAUUUUCCAGAUAAGCUUUUCAGAGUACUAUAUGUUUCCUCAGUUGUUUUUGUUUGUCAUUCAUUUACAGUUACCAAAGAAGUGGACUGACUUAUAACUCAUGAAACUGUGCAACUUCUUGGGUUGUUGUUACCUUCAUUUUUCAGUCGCAUGAAAACACAAAUAUUCCUAGUUGGAAAAAUGUCUUUAUAAGUAGAACCUUUGUAAACUUUUGGUCGGAAGCAACAAACAAAUAUAAGUAGAUACAUAAAAAUAUCCAAAUUUAUUAUAUUGUCUUGUCUGAAAUAAGACUGGAAAAGAAAAAAAAAAAAAAAAGGAGAUCAUUUGAUUUAGAAGGUUAUCUUCAAGAAAAGAUAUGGUAGUUAGAGAACAAAAUGUAAUCAAACAAUCUUGACAGACACUUUGCCUUCUUCUAAAGCUGAUGAAACACAUUAAUAAAUAAAAAGUUUAUAAUGCUUUAAUUAUUUACUAGGUGAACUCCUUGAUAUAAGCGCAAAAGGUUGGUAGGAAGAACUAAAGAUUUUCACGUUUUAUAAAUUCAUUUAAUACAAUGGGCUGGUUCUUAUAUGUUUUAGUUAGAAACCUUCUUGGCAGACGUAAUUCAGAGAACUAUUCUUAAAAGUGCAUAACAUGCCUUUCAAGUUUAAUAAGCUCUACUGUAAUGUGUGUAUCAAGGUUCAUUAUCUGUACAAUUACAUCAAUGAAUUCUAACGAGCUUUAAUUAUUUUAAUGAACAGGAAGAAAAAAGAUUUCAGAAAAGAUAUAAUAGUAACAGAAGUCUGCAUGUUUCAAGUGUUUGCUUCAGUUGCAAGAAAAACUAUGCUUGAAAUCUAUCUCUGAGCAUAGUUUUCAGUUAGUAAAAAAGUGGUGUAAUUUCUUAGUCUUUUAACUGUCCAUUUAUUACCAAUGUUUUGUGAUAGUAUUAUUUAAAAGUACUGUAUAUUUUAUACUUAGCUAAUUAAAAUAUGUGUUUUUAACUAAGAAAAUGAUUAUAUAUAUUUUAUGCUUUCAUAUAAAAGCUUAUCACAUUUUGUUUGUGCUCUUUAUUAUUAAUUAGUGUAAGCAAAUAUGUCACUACAUACAAAGCAGUAUAUUUAUAUUAUUUGCCAUUAUAAAUUUAUUUGUUAAUGAUACCACGCUUAACACAUGCUGUACUUUAAAACAAAUACCUCAAUCUUAUAUAAUUAUGCAUCUUUUUUCCAGCCAGUAUAUUUUUAUCAUAUUCUGGUUAUAUGGCUACUGUUUGCUACCACUUUUCUAAUCAUAUGAUCAUUGUCAUUGCAUUAAUGAAGAAAGAAAAAAAUAAUUUUACUUUACUUCAUUAGUGUAUAGUAAAAAAGUAGUUUUGUGAGUUAUUUUACAAAUAUAAAAAAGGAUACAUAUGUAUGUGUGUGUGUAAAAUAUGAAACAAAAUUAUAUAACUAAAUUGGAAACAACUGGCAAUAGAUCUUUAAAUUUUUAAUUUUUAAUUAAACACAUCCCUUCUUUAAGGAUAUGUUUUGCACCAUUUCACAUCAUUCUGCUGCAUGUUGUAUCACUGUUUCCCUGAAAUUUCUCUGUGCUGCAAAAAAAAACUUUGUCCAGUAGCUGCUCAGGGUUAAAACAAAGACUUUCUUAGCUUAUAAAUACUACUGCAGUUAUUACGUAUCACUCUUUCGUGCCUGCUUCUUCUGCUGAAGAAAGUCACAUAUCUUCGCUAAGUUUCUCUUCUGUUAUCUAAAAUGUAAGCUACGUAUUUACAAAUUGUGGGGUGCAUUUAGCAUCCCUAAUCUUGUACCAAUUCAAGCAAAAAUGUAUUUCUAAGUAAUUGGUGCUGUUCAAAAUAAAAAUACUUUAACCAUUAAGCCAGUUGUGAUUUUCGAUCCAUUUAGAUCUAUGCAACAGUUUUUCUCAGCCACGAUUUAAAAAAAGUGAAUUAGUUUCAUCUUCCACAAAAACUAACAUAUAUAUAUAUAUAUCCAAAAAUAUAAACUAAUGGUAGAUUAUUGUAGUUUCUCUGUGUGCUUUAUUUAUAUAAACAAUAAUAUUUUAAGCAGCCACUCAUAAAAUGAAAUGCAUUUCAACUUCAAUAAGUUGAAGACAAGAAAAAUUCUCUGUGAUCAAAGCUAUCAUUUAUUCACAAAAAAUAGCAUUAGGUUAAACAUAACUUUUUAAAUAUAUAAUAUUAUACUAAAAAAGCUAUAACAUCAAGCCUACUUGUAGUCACUCUGAACUAAGACUAGGAAAGCACAUUGAAAAUUGUCCAAAAUCCUUUAGAUACUUCUUUUAGCUAAAAGUUAAAAAAGAUAAAAGUCUGUAUUAUCAGUGAAUAUGAAGAAAUAAGUUCCUCAACAUAUCAGUUAAUCAAAUUUAGAGUUUUAUGUACAGUGAAUACAUACACAAAAUUAUUUUUAAUUAAAGAAUCGCUAUAGAUAUAAUAGUAAAUAGCCAGUUAAAUACAAGAAGCAGUUGAGUAUUGUAAUGGUGGUUUUAUGAAAUAUAUUCAUACUUCUACUUCUCUAAGCUGCAAUAUAUAAUCAUAUAAUAUAAGACUUCACAUGAUAAGAUAUACCUUUAAUCUACGAUUCUUUAACAAAAAAAUGCUGUUUCAGAAAAACGCAGAUCUUAGAAAAACUUUUGGAACCCAUCUUAUGUCUCAAUUUAAAAUCUUUCUUUAAACUUGUUUGUUUAUAAAUUGCUUCAUUAAUAAAAUUUUGGAGAUUUUUAUACUUUAAAAUUAAAUUCAUGUGAAAAGAAAAAUCAGUGUUUUUACUUGAAAUUUCAUUAAUUAUUAAUCUGACAGUUUGUUUCUUAGUGUAUGUGAAUGUAAAUAAGUAAAUAGAUAGUAUUUUGUUCUUGAGUACCUAUCUGGUAUAUCACAUUGAGAUUAUUACAUAGGCAGACUAAUAGUUCCUGUGAAUAUUUACAAGUUCCUAAAUAUACAGGGUGGGCUAAAAGUGACUGCCCAUUAAAUGGUGAUAUUAUUAGUUAAAUUACAUAAUUGCUUUGAAAAUGUUUUUAAAGCAUUCCUGUGCUUCUUGCAUUGCCAUAUGAAAUUAGAAGAUAAAAUGCUAAAUUCUGUGGGGUAACAUGUUUAUUUUAUUGCAAUUUAAAUAAACAUCAAAAUGACCUAGUGACUUUUGUCCAUCCCUGAAUAUCACAGAUAAAAACAUCUAUUGAAAGUUUAUAUCAGUAUAGUACAAAUGAAUGCUGUGCAGUGUUUAGUGUUCCGAGUUGUAGAGUAAUAUAUUUAUUUAUAAUGUUCCUUGAAAAUAUAAACUAUAGAUUAAUCUUUAUGCUAUGAAUUUUGCAUUUCUCUGUAUUUUCAGACUAAACAUAUAAAUUAUGCACAGUACUAAUUUUUUAUUAAUCAAAAGAUACAUGAAUUAAGUGUCUAGAAUGUGUCUUUCAAGUGUGUUGUACAGCAAUUAUAAAAUAUAUUUGUAUAGUCAUUGGUGUUCAAAAUUUGUGCACAGCAUUGUUAUAAAUUGAGAAAAAAAAUUAUUGAAUGAAAAGUGUAUUUGUAUUAGGAAAUUAAUCAUAUAGAAUUCUUUCAAUUUAUAUAAAAUACGACGAUACUAAAUUAAUAUUUUAGAAAGCUCUGGCUUCCAGAAGUGUUUUUAACGAUUCAGUUACAUGAAAAAUAUUAUGCAGUUUGUAUAAAGUUUCAUAUGAAUGAUUAAAUUAUUUUUCAAAUUUA